AUGGAUGUUAUUGCUUUAAACAUAUUUGCGGAUGUACCCAUUGUUACAAAAUGUUGGACAAUAGGUUGUAUUACUGUUCUAAUAUUGACAUCAUUAAAUUUAAUCGAUCCAGCUAAACUAAUAUAUAGUUAUGAUUUAGUGUUUAAAAAGGGGCAAUACCAUCGAAUACUCCUAUCUGUAUUUAAUUAUGGUACUUUAACAUGGGCUACAAUUGGUAAUAUUCUGAUAUCGGCGAAUCAUUUAUCAUUUCUCGAAUCCUCAUACAAUGAACGUCGUAGAUUCAUAUGGUUGAUUACCGUACUUCUAACAUUAAUAAUUACGAUGACUCGAUAUUUUUUACCAAUGUCAUCUCUAGGAAUGAUCCUUCAUGAAAAUUUAUUGAAUUUCCACUUUAAGAAACAUGCAGAAGAAAUGAAUGGUGGAGGAAUUGCUGGAUUUAUUAUUGCAGCACCAUUAUUACCUUAUUUAAUGUACUUUAACAUGUAUUUUUCUCAAGGUUUAUCUCUUUUAGAGAUCAGUAUAAAUUUUUUACCAGCACAUCUGAUUUAUUAUUUAGAUGAUAUUGUUGGUAAAUUAUAUGACGUCGAUUUAAUGAAACCACCUUAUGAUAUGUGGUUAUCAUUUCAAAAUUGGAGAUUAAAAGAUAACACGAACAAUGAACUUUCUAUAGAUAACAAUGAACAGGUCAAUUAA